AUGUUGGUUGUUGAUAGUGUUGGUGCCGCAUUAAGCUCCGAUGAUGUCUUAUGUGAGAUACUAAUUCGGCUACCUCCAGCAGAAGUCUUCAGAUCAUUGCUCGUAUCGAAGAGGUGGCUUCGAUUCAUCUGCAGCUCUGGUUUUCUUCAGUUUUACCUGAACCGAUGGCCAGUGAGUUAUAGGUUGCUGGGUUUCUUCGUUUCCAACAAUUUGUAUCUCAAGAGACCGAAAGAUGGGCAACGUAGGCCAAAAUCCGAACCUGCUCUUCCUCUACUACCAACUUGCAAGGAAGGUGAUGACUUAUCAUUCUCUGGCAUCCUCAAACAACUUGGUUACUUAAUCGACUCUUCCAAUGGCCUUCUUCUCGGUGGGCGCCAUCCAAAAUCCUAUUCCGUUUGGAACCCAAUAACCAACAAACAUCAGAAACUGCCACAUCCCAGGGUUUAUUUCGAAGAGCUGUGCAUGGCAUUUCUUGUGGAUGGUUAUCCCAUUGAGGAUAUGUGCUACAAAGUCAUCCGUGCUAAAUGUGAGUGUAUAAUCGAUGAUAUCAAAACGGUCUGCAUCGAGACUUACCAUUCCAAGACGAGGACAUGGUACUACUCCAUACUCACUUGUUCUUCAUCCUUAGCAUUGUGCCCUUGGAUGGCAGGCACUGUAGUUAGAGGGGUUGUUCACUGGUAUGCAGCUAUGGGAAAUCUAGCGAUAUAUGAUGCACAAAGUGACGAGAGGCGCAUAGAGGUGAUUAAACUUCCUGGUUCAAAUGAUUAUGAGGAGCGUGCUCUAGGGGAGUCUUGUGAUGGACUUGUGCAAUAUGGGUGGAGCAAUGAGUCGGGCAUGGAGAUAUGGGUUCUCAAGAGUAGUGACCAAGGCAUUUCUUCGAGCAAUUGGAACCUGAGGUACAGGUUGAAAUUCAAGACGAUGUGGAGGAGGAACUUAAGAAUGGUGGCGGCGGGAGGUUGCAGGUUCGAUAAAGAAACUCAGAUAUUGUCCUUCUACCCAAAGGACUCAGAUUCUGUCUACAUCAGGUCUGGUUCCGAGAUAUUUAUAUAUCAUCGUGGAACGGAAACAGUAGAGCCUGUUUCUUAUCAUGGACGUGGGUCUUCCAUAAUGUGGGAUUUCAGCAAAGUAGUGCCUUACUUCAGACCUUGUUGGCCUCAUUCUUCUGUGUGUGGUGCGACAUAA